GGAAGCGCCAAGACCGGGGAGGAGGAAGGACUGGGGGGUCCUGCCACCCUGACCCCCCAAAUCCCGACCCCACAGGAAGCUGAGUCCUGCCCACCCAUGAAAGCCUGGCAGUGGGCCCGAUGGCUGGCACGUCAGAGCAGCCACCCAGCAUGUACUGGUGUGUGGGGCCAGAGGGGUCUACCGUGUGUCCCGAACAUGCCAUGGAGACUCAGGAUGGAACCAUGGACAUGAGCCCAGGCAGUGGCCCUGCAGCGCCGUGGCCUGGGGUGCAGAACAUUCACGCCGCCUACAAGCAGGGACAACGCUGCCGGGCCAGGAGCCUGCUGCAAGCAGCCUGUGAACAGGGCCUGACUUCUCUGGGAAAGCGCCAGCUUCUGAGCGUGUCUGCUGCCCACGGGGACCUGGACACGGUGCGGUACCUGCUCACACAGAGGCAAGCAGAGCUGCCCAUGGAGCCUGCCGACGACAACCCGGCUGUGAUGGCGGCACACUUCGGGCAUGCAGCCGUGGUGCAGGAGCUGCUGGAGUCCCUGCCAGGCCCCUGCAGCCACCACCGCCUGCUCAGCUGGAUGCUGGUCUUGGCCUGUCAGCGGGGACACCUGGAGGUGGUGAAAUUGCUCGUCCAGACGCACGGGGCAGACCCUGAAAGCUACGCCAUGAGGAAAAACGAAUUUCCCAGCAUUGAGCACCAACCCCUCUACGCGGCUGUCAAGUCAGGGAAUGAAGACGUCGCCGUGUUCCUGCUCAGUCACGGGGCCUCCUUCUGCUCUUACGUCCUCCUUGACAGCCCGGGCCCCAGCAAGCGGCUGCUCCGGAAAUACUUCAUUGAGCCCAGCGGACUGCCCAGCAACUGUCCUGGGAAAGUGCCUCUCUGCGUCAAGUGGGCAAACCUGAAGCUGCCGUGGGUGGACCUGGACUGGUUUCUGGACCUGUCGUGUCACAUCACGGAGCUGGACCUUUCAGCCAACUGCCUGUCCUCGCUGCCAUCCGUCAUUCCCUGGGGACUCAUCAGUCUGCGGAAGCUGAACCUCGCCCACAACCUUCUGGGGGAGCUGGGGGUGCAGUCGUCAGACCAAAUCCUCUGCACCAGACUCCUGGAACUCGACGUCUCCAGCAACCGGCUGAGUUCCCUCCCAUCAGGCCUCCUGCACCUGUCCAGGCUACAGCGACUCGCUGCUUCCAAGAAUUACCUGGAGAAACUCUUUGAAGAGGAUGGCGCCACCAGCUGGAUGGGGCUUCGGGCACUUCAACAGCUGGACCUCUCGGACAACAAGCUCAAGGUGCUGCCCUGCCACAUCCUUCACUCCUGCAAGUCCCUUCAGUGCCUCGAUGUGUCCAGGAACUACCUGAAGGCCUUGCCCGAGCCCUGGGCCUGCCCGUUGAGGAGCUGCCGAGCCUCCCGCAACGCGCUGGAGUCCCUGCCCGCGAGGAUGUGCAUGUUUUGGAAGGAGCAUCUGCAAGAUGUGGACUUCUCGGAAAACAGCCUAAGGGAGGUGCCCAUGGGCCUCUUCCAGCUCGAGGCCCCUCUGUCCCUGCGUCUACAGGGAAACCAGCUGGGGGUCUUACCGCCCCAGGACAAGUGGACCUGCCGGCGGCUCAAGACCCUGGAUCUCUCCAGAAACCACUUGGGCCAAAAUGAAGAAAUGAAGUCAAGGCGGAUUUCCUUCUUCACCACCAGAGGCCGACAGCGGGCAGGGACCGAGACAGCUUGUGCCCUGGAGUUCCCAUCCUUCCUGGCCGAGUCCCUAGAAGUCCUGUCUCUGAGUGAUAACCACCUAGACAGCGUGCCCCCCUCCGUCUGCCAGCUCCGCAACCUAUCUGAACUGUAUUUGGGGAAUAACCCAGGCCUUCGGGAACUGCCCGUCGAGCUGGGCCAGCUGAGCAACCUGUGGCAGCUAGACAUCGAGGACCUGGUCGUCAACAACGUGCCCGCCGAGAUCAGGAAGGAAGGCCCCAAAGCUGUGCUGUCUUUCCUGCGGGCCCAGCUACGGAAGGCCGAGAAGUGCCGGCUGGUGAAGAUGGUCAUCGUGGGCCCACCCCGCCAAGGCAAGUCCAGCCUCCUGGACAUUCUGCAGACGGGGAAGGUGCCACAGGUGCUGCCCAGUGAGGCCACCAUCAGGACCACCAAGUGGGAACUGCAGAGACCGCCCGGCUCCAAAGCCAAGGUGGAAUCGGUGCAGUUCCACGUGUGGGACGUGGGGGGCCCUGCCAGCAUGGCGGCUGUGACGCAGUGUUGCUUCACCGACAAGGCGCUCUAUGUGGUGGUCUGGAACCUGGCUCUGGGGGAGGAAGCCGUGGCCAGCCUGCAGUUCUGGCUCCUGAGUAUUGAGGCCAAGGCCCCCAAUGCCGCGGUGCUGGUGGUGGGGACCCACCUGGACCUCAUCGACACCAAGUUCCGCGCCGAGCGCAUCGCCACCCUGCGUGCCUACGUGCUGGCCUUGUGCCGCUCCCCCGCCGGCUCUCGGGCCACUGGCUUCCCUGACAUCACCUGCCGCCACCUGCAUGAGCUCUCCUGCCGGAACCUGGAGGGCAGUGAGGGGCUGCGACAGCUCAUCUUCAACAUCACCUGCGUGCAUGAAGGAUGCGGGCAGCCCCAUUGGGGGCAGAGGUUGGCCGGAAGGCUGGGUACGUUGCCCAGGAGCUACCUCACGCAGGAGGCCGUCCUGGCCGAGCAGCAGCGGCGACGUCGGGGAGGACGCCGUGCGAGUACCAUCACUGACCGGCAGCAAGAGCUGCUCCAGCAGACCCCGGACAAUGACAUCGGGGAAUAUGAUGACCUGCAGCCGCUCCCACCUUCCCUCCACUCAGCCAUCAGCUUCCUCAUCGAGACGGGCUCGCUGCUCCACUUCCCCGACACCAGCCGCGGCCUGUGCAGCCUCUACUUUCUGGACCCCAUCUGGCUGGCGAAUGCCUGCAGCGCCUUCCACAUGAAGAGCCCCCGCUCCAUGGCCAAGAACGGGGUUAUCCGGGCUGAGGACCUGCGGCGGCUGCUGGUGGGGACGGGCCUCACGCAGCAGGCGGAGGACCAGUACUUCCAGUUCCUGGCCAAGUUCGAGAUCGCCCUGCCAGUGGCCAGCGACAGCUACCUCCUGCCACAUCUGUUGCCCUCCAAGCCAGGGUGGACACCCACUAGCCUGAGCCACCCCACGACCAACACCAUCCAGCGGCUGUUCAAGAUGAGUUUCGUGCCUGUGGGCUUCUGGCAACGGUUCAUAGUGCGAGAGCUCAUCAGCUUGACCGAGAUGGACCUCCAGGAGCUGCGGACGUUUUUCGAGAACACGAAGAACAGCAAGACCCGACACAGAAAGGUUAUUUACAGCUUCACCGGCAGCCAGCUUAGCAGGUGUAGCACCUUCCGAGUGAGGCGAAACCAGACCAUCUACUGGCAGGAAGGCCUUCUGGUCACCUUUGAUGGCGGUUAUCUCAGCAUGGAGUCCUCGGACGUGAACUGGAAGAGGAAGAAGAGCGGCAUCAAGAUCAUCUGCCAGUCGGACGCACGGGACUUCUCGGCCAUGGCCUUCAUCACGGACCACAUCGUCUCCCUCAUCGACCAGUGGUUCCCUGCCUUGACGGCCACAGAGAGCGAUGGGACACCGCUUAUGGAGCAGUACGUGCCCUGCCCGGUGUGCCAGGGCACAGAGGACACCGAGCAGUACUUCGACAUGGCCGACUGCGUGCUCACGGCCAUCGAGCACAGCGCCAUCACGUGCCCGCGCCACCCAGACCAGCCCGUGCCGCUGCAAGAGCUGGUGCCCGAGCUCUUCAUGACUGACUUUCCCGCCAGGCUCUUCCUGGAGAACAGCGAGCUAGAGCACAGUGAGGACGAGGGCAGCGUCCUGGGCCAGGGCGGCAGUGGCACCGUCAUCUACCGGGCUCGCUACCAAGGCCAGCCCGUGGCUGUGAAGCGAUUCCAGACCAAGAAAUUCAAGAACUUGGCUGGCGCACCCGCAGACACGAUGCUGCGGCACCUGCGUGCCUCGGUGGCCAUGAAGAACUUCUCCGAGUUCCGGCAGGAGGCCAGCACCCUGCACGCUCUGCAGCACCCCUGCAUCGUGGCGCUCCUUGGCAUCACCAUCCACCCGCUGGCCUUCGCGCUCGAGCUCGCCCCGCUGGGCAGCCUCAACACGGUGCUGGCCGAGAACGCCAAGGACUCCGCCUUCGUGCCGCUUGGACAUGUUCUCACGCACAAGAUCGCCUACCAGAUCGUGUCGGGCCUGGCCUACCUGCACCGGAAGAACAUCAUCUUCUGCGACCUCAAGUCCGACAACAUCCUGGUAUGGUCCCUGGACCCCGCUCAGCUGGUCAACGUCAAGCUGUCCGACUACGGCAUCUCCCGGCAGUCCUUCCACGAGGGCGCACUCGGCGUGGAGGGCACCCCUGGCUACCAGGCCCCCGAGGUCCAACCUCGUGUCGUGUACGACGAGAAGGUGGACAUGUUCUCCUACGGGAUGGUCCUCUACGAGCUGCUGUCCGGGCAGAGGCCCGCUCUGGGCCACCACCAGCUCCAGAUCUCCAAGAAGCUGGCCAAGGGCAUCCGGCCCGUACUGGGGAGGCCUGAGGAGGUGCAGUGCCAUCGGCUGCAGGCUCUCAUGACCGAGUGCUGGGACACCAAACCCAAGAAGCGCCCACUGGCCCUGUCCGUGGUCAGCCAGAUGAAGGAACCCACGUUCGCCACCUUCAUGUACCAGCUGCCCUGCGGCCGGCAGACCUUGUUCUCCUGCCCGGCCCAGGAGGGCACCGUCAUCUUCUGGGACGGCAAGGAAGAGUCCCGCAACUACACAGUCGUAAACAUGGAGAAGGGGGUCCUGGAGGUGCAGCGCAUGGGCUGCGCGGGCAUGAAGCUGAGCUGCCAGCUCAAGGUGCAGACUUCGCUGUGGACUGCCACUGAGGACCAGAAAAUCUACAUUUACAACCUGAAGGGCAUGUGUCCCCUGAACACGCCCCAGCGGGCUCUGGACACUCCGGCUGUUGUCACCUGCUUCUUGGCUGUUCCCCUGAUCAAAAAGAACUCCUACCUGGUGCUGGCUGGCCUGGCUGACGGACUGGUGGCUGUGUACCCCAUGGCCCGCGGGGUCCCUGAGGACAACUGCUCCUAUCUGUGCUCACACACGGCCAACCGGGCCAGGUUCGGCAUCACGGACGACGACCCUCGGCAGCGCCCCUAUCCCGUGUGUGCCAUGGAGGUGGUCAACAGCGGUACCGAGGUGUGGUACAGCAACGGGCCCGGCCUGUUGGUGGUGGACUGCGCCUCCCUGGAGAUCGGCCGGCGGCUGGAGCCCUACUCGGCGCCCGCCACCAUUGUGGCACUGGCCUGUGGCUCCGACAGCCGUGGGGAGGAGGUGGUGUGGUGCCUGGAUGACCGAACCAACACCCUAGUCCUGUGCCACGCCACCACCUACCAGCUGUGUGCCCGCUACUUCUGCGGGGACCCCAGCCCGCUCCGGGACACCUUCCCCGUGCGUCCACCUAGAGGCCCUGAACGCCCUCCGGAGCCUGAGAGGGAGCCCAUGGCCGGCGUGAGCAUCAUGUAUAGCGAAGAGCGGGGCAUGCAGAUCCUCAGCCACCAGGACUCACUCACCGACUACUGCUCUGUGUCCCCCUGUGCCUCGUCCGUGCCCAGCCGCACCCCCAGCUCUCCGGGGUCCCCCUGCCACCUGGCCCGUCGGGGCAGCUCAGACCAGCUGCCGGAGCUGGUGGCCGGCUCGAGCCCGGCUGAGCACGACCUGGCACCCGUGGACAGAGAAGUCUUCAGCCAACACCUACAGGCAGCCCACAUCCUGCCUGUCAAGGAUGUCAUCUGGGUGGCUAGGCGUGGAGGUGACAUUCUCGUCAUUGGCCUGGAGGACACUGGCACCCCUCAGGGCCGGGUCAUCGCCAUCCUUAAAGCCCGGGAGCUGACCUCGUGCGGGACGCUCGUGGACGCGGCCGUGGUGGCCAAGGACAUGGUGGUGUGCGGCUUCCAGACCGAGAGCUCCGAGUGGACCCUGGCCGUGUGGCGGGGUUGGGGCAGCCGCGACUUUGAGGUGUUCUACCGCUCCUACGAGGGGCUGGGCAGGCUCGAGGCCUGUCCCCGAAGGAGGCGGUGACUUCUGGCGACUGAUUCCUCUCAGAGCUCUCCAGAAUCAAGCAGGUGCUGCUAGGAUGGACCAGCAGCUUUCACCGCACUGUGGUUCAGGUGUCCCCCUCACCCCCAAACUACCUGAACUCCUGCUGGCAGGAGACAGGGACCCCACAAAGGUGGGAUUACACUAGAGGCUCUCAGCUG